ACCAGGGGUAUUAAUAUGAGACACUGUCCCUAACAUUGCAUACAUAACACAAACACGCUCUCUGCAAUUUUCGCCUUCUUCUCUCUCAGUUUUUUUCUGAAACUCUAUUCACCAAACGGAACAGCGAUUUGUUGUUGUUGUUGUUGUUUUUUAAAUUAAAGUUCGGAGGAAGGUUGUUGUGGCGAUGGGCAAGGCUUGUGAGCUUUGCAAUAACCAAGCUUCUCUCUAUUGUCCCUCGGAUUCCGCAUUUCUCUGCGGCGACUGCGACGCCGCCGUGCACGCCGCGAACUUCCUCGUCGCUCGCCACUUCCGUCGCCGUAUCUGCGCCAAAUGCAACCGUUUCACCGGAAUCUACAUCGCCGGCGCCACCUUUCCAUCCACCUGCACCGCUUGCUCGCCGGAGAAGGAUCUCUCCGACGACGGCGAUUCUCUCCCUUCGUCCUCCACCUGCGUCUCGAGUUCCGAGUCCUGCGCCACGAAGAAGAUCAAGGCGACACGCACGGCGGCGGGGAAGAAAAGGAGGAGGAGUUUUUCGAGUUCGGUGACCGACGACGCGUCUCAGGAAGCGAAGAGGCAGCGGGAGAACGUCGGAUCGGUGGAGCAGGAGCAGGAGGAGGUGUUUGCAAAAUGGAGCAGAGAGAUAGGUCUAGGGUUAGGGUUAGGAGAGACCGGUAACCGCGUGGCGUCGCACGCUCUGAGCGUGUGCCUCGGAAAGUGGAAUUUGCUUCCGUUCAGGGUGGCCGCGGCGACGUCGUUUUGGCUGGGCCUGAGAUUUUGUGGGGACAGAAGUCUGGCCACGUGGCAGAAUCUGGCGAGGUUGGAGAAAAUCUCUGGAGUGCCAGCUAAGCUGAUUCUGGCCGCACAUGCGAACCUCGCACGUGUCUUCACGCUCCCCCGCGAAUUGCACGAGGGAUGGGGCGAGUCAUAGCCCAAUACAUCGAAGUGUAUGUUGUAAUCCUAUGAUUAACCAAAGUGUGGAUUUCUUUUCAAUUUUCUUUUCCGUUUUCGCAUUUAGGGUUAGGACACUACAAAUAGUUCUUCAUUAUUAAUGUGUAUCAAUUGGAUCAACCAAUUCCGAAAGAAAUCAAAACCUAGCCACCCAAGCUUCUAAACGUGCUAAA